CUCUAGAUAGUUUCGCUGCGGUGCCGCUUGGCGACAGAAGAAUUCGGCAAAAACGUGUAAAAUAACAAAAAAAAAUUGUUAGAAAAUUUAUAGAAAUAAACAAAAUAUUACUUAAUUUAUAAUAAAUAAACUAAAUUAAAUAAAUUAGUAGUGAAUUUCUAAUAGAAGACAUUAAAAAUGGUGGACGCCGCACGACAAAUGUUAGAUGAAUUGAUGGGUAGAAACAGAAAUUUACAUCCAUCGGAAGCUCCCAAAUCGGUAAACUGGGAAGAUCCUGAUUUGUGUCAAUAUCAUUUAGUGAAAUUUUGUCCGCAUGAAUUAUUCGUUAAUACUCGAGCAGAUUUAGGACCUUGUGGUCGUAUACACGACGAUGAAGCCAAACAAAAGUAUGCAGAAGCCAGACCGACAUCGCGCAAAAGGCAAUAUGAAGAUGAAUUUUUAUAUUUUUGUAAUUCUAUGUUAAAUGAUGUUGAUCGUAAAAUACAGAAGGGCAGACAACGUUUGGCCUUAAUGCAAAGGGACCAGCCAGCCCAGUCGCAUGUCUCCAAGUACCGUGAACAGUUGAACAAUUUAAAUGCCCGUAUCAAAAAGUUGGUAGCAGAGGCCGAAGAAGCUGGUACACGCGGUGAUGUGGAUCAGGCCCAAGAUCUAAUGGUACUCUGUGAACAAUUGAAAGAGGAAAGAGAUACUAUGGUGACACAAUAUGAAAAUAAUAUGUCAAAUAAUAAAGAUGAAAAGCCUUCUUCGAUUGAAACAACAACAAAGCCGGUCAGCAUUGUUGAAGGUUCUCCAUCGUCACAGAACAAUACAGAGGAAGGUGGUAAAUCACCGCGCAGUGAUGAUGACACAGCGUCCAGUCUGGCUGGGGACAAGAAAUUGAAUGCUUGGAUGCAAGAUAUGGGUCAUAUGCCGGAAAAACAAAUGGAGGUAUGCGAAGUUUGUGGUGCUUUUCUCAUUGUAGGAGAUGCCCAACAGCGUAUUGAGGACCAUUUGAUGGGUAAACAACAUUUAGGUUAUUCUAAGUUACGCAAAGCCGUCGAGGAAAUUCACGAGCAACGUCAAAAGGAACGUGAAGUAGAUGAUCGAUCAAGAAGACGUGAUGAUCGCUCAUCAUCACAUCGCAGUUUUGAUAUGGAGCGAAGACGUGAUCGCGAACGUGAAUAUCGUGGACGUUCCCGUGAACAUGGUAGCAGUCACCACCAUGCCGGUGAAAGACACCGCCAUCAUCAUAAAUCUCAUCAUCGGCGCCGUUCUCAUUCACGUAGCCGCAGUCAUCGUAGCAGUCGUGAUCGUUAUAGUCGCAGCCGUAGCCGUAGUCGUUAUUAAAGCAUAGAGGAACACAUGCAGAUCCCCCCCUUUCCUAACGUCAUAUUAUGAACAUAUACAUAUAAAACCAACUAGAGGUACACUUCCCUUAACUUUAUUUAAAAAAAACCUAAAUGAUUUCAAAAAAAAAUCAUAAAAAAAAAACAAUUUUAACAAUACAAUUUAAAAAAAUUAAACCACAGAAAAAGUCAUAACGAUCUUACUACAUAAAACAAGGUGAGUGCAAAUUAAUUUUAUUUUAUUAAUUUUUCUUUUUUUUUUUUGUACACAAAUCAUUGAUUUUUCUAUUGAUGUUAGAAAAUUAUAUUGAAAAAAAGAAAACCCAAAAAAUAGUGUGCAUGUUUAGGUGUGGUAGUUUUAAUUUAAGGAUUUAUUUAAAUAACUUUUAACUAUAAUUAUAAACUAUCAAAUGGAUUGUUGUAAGAAAAAAAAGAAAACAACAACAAGCCGUAUAGUUUGUAGCAUUUUAAGUACAGUAUGUGUGAAUUUGCUUUAACUUAUUACAACUACAUAUGUACUAAGUAAUUGUGGAUUAAUUAAAGCUUUGGAUCUUUAAAGUAAAACAAGCAGUUGAAAUAUUUACACAUUUACACUACUUUUAUACAAAAUCUAAAAGUUGCAAUGUUUACCAGCUGAUAAUGCUAAGCACAAGUGGAAUACUUUAAGCCUUUGAUGUCCUUUAUCACAACAGGUACUCUCUUCUAUAUAAAAAAAAAUAAAAAUUAAUUAAUUUAAAACAUUAAUCAAAUUUGUUAGUUUAAAUAUAAAACUGCUGCUACUAAAUUCUAAACUUAUUUUUAAAGUACACACCAAGUACAGGGCCAAGUUUAAGAGAAAAAAAUAUAAACGUUACUGAAAAUAUGGCUAUAAAUUUUGGUUGGUUUCCAGUAGAAAUAACGCUUACACACAAACCAGGUACUUUAUUUAACAUGUGAUUUUUCUCUCUUGCAAAUUAAAUUCUAUAUAUAUUUAAAGGUCUACAUACCUCUAAUCCCUAAAGAAAAAAAACUUUAUCCUCAAAACAAACUAGCCUAACACUGUCCAAACAGAUCAUGUUAUUGACCACAAGCAAAUAAAACUCCAGGUAUUUUUUUAGUCAUAAUGAUGAUAUUCUCUAGUUAUAGAUUUUUAUCUGUAUAUGAUGAUGUAUUAUGUAUGUAUGAAAAAAGCUGCAUUUUUUCAGUUAAAUUAUUAUUGAUUGAAUACAUAGAUUACAGAUGACCUUGUUCAUCGUGUUCGCUUUACUCCGUAAAUGUUGUUGGCACUUUAAAACCAAAAAAAAAAAAUCCCCAAAAUAAAACGUUCUAUUCAAAUAAAAUAUACAUUCCCGGCCAUACUCUACUCUAAGGUAAUUGAUUGCUUAAAACGUAACAUCUUUUUGUUUUUUUUUAAUAAUUAUUUUCAAGCUUAACAAAAACAACAGAUCUUUUGUGAACAUAAUUUAGGUAAAAAAAGUUUAAUUAUAUUCUAUAUACUAAGGCCAAAGUAAACAAAAAAACACACACAGAUAAUAAUAAAAAAAUACUUAAACUUGUCGUAAGAAAUUGUCUUAGAACUACUUCUGCUACUACUACUUCUACUCUCUAGUUGAUAUGACAGCGCUUUGUAAAGGUAACACUAUAUUAAA